AAGUAAUCCAAUAGCCCUAUAUCACAGUGUAGAGGUUUAUCAUAUACCUGUGUAUGAAAUUCACAAUGGCCGAUAUUUGGCGGAGCGUACUCCGCUGGGACCAGGAGGGUGAAACGGGAUAUUAAUGCACAAUCUGGCAACCAUGUCGCACCCUCAAAAAAUGGCCGCUGACUACCACACAAGUCACCGUGUAGUCAUUGAAUGGCAUGGAAUUAAACCGUCUUCAGUAUAUAUGGUUGGUGACUGGGACCAUAUGCGUCACUCGUUGGGGAUUUUUGAAAUGUUUUAGGUUUGUUGGUAGCUUUACGACAUAUAUCUGGGUAUCUCUUAAUCGCUGUAAAUACAG